UAUGUUUGAUCCAAGUACUGCUCUUGUGUUUCUAGGAUGUAAUGACAAUGGAUGGUGUCCCUUAUGACCUCACUGAGAGGCAAGUAUAUGAAGUUGGACAGCAAGUUGCAGCAGCUCUGGCUUACCUUGAACAGAAUAAUUUGUUCCACGGUGACAUUGCUGCCAGGAAUGUCCUCCUUCAUCACAACUUCACUGCUAAGCUCUGUGGUUUGGGUCUUGCCUAUGAAAUUCACACAUACGGUGCCAACUCAGUCACACAGAUUGUGCCAGUCAAGUGGCAGGCUCCAGAGCGGCUCCUGAAGAAACCCCCAAGCAUCAAAGCAGACAUAUGGUCUUUUGGAAUUCUACUGUAUGAAAUGAUUACAUUAGGUGCUCCACCAUAUCCUGAGGUACCACCUUCUGACAUUUUAUCAUACCUGCAGAGACAGAACAUUAUGAAGCAGCCCUCAAGCUGCCGGCAAGCCAUGUACAACAUCAUGAAGUCCUGCUGGCAGUGGAAUGCAACUAACCGGCCUUCUCCAGCAGACCUGAUCCGGUCUCUACAAGCAGCUGUGAAGACCAGCAAUAAUCAUGCAGUGCUGCAGGUGCCUGAGUUCGUGGUGCCUGAACUCUAUGCUAAUGUUGCUGGAGUUGAUGUCCUCAGUCUAGUGAGUGAAUACACUAUACUCUGAAGGACUCUUUCACAUGUUGGUGAAGGGGAAGUCUCUGAGUUUGCCCUUUCUAGACACUUCUCAAGCUCAGAAUGAGGUGUAUGAAUUUGAAGGGAUCCCUCUGUUUUUCAAAUAUGUUAUAUAUAUAUAUAUAUUUCAGAUCUCUCCUCCGUGCCUGAAACUACAAACUAUUAUCAUGAUUAUUAUUAUUAAACCGACCUGUUGAUAUCACUCUGCCAGUGGUGAUUUGGGAGCAAAGUGGGUUUAGGAAGCUGUAGAAAAUGUAACGAGAAACUUGAGUUAAAGGAACGUAUUGAGUUUGCAUGACAAGGUUUUGGUAGCUGGGGGCUACAAGGGUGGUUUCUGUGAAAAGAUGCCAGAAGCUUCCCCCAUGUCCAAUAGAACUAGUUCCAGCUGGCUCGAAGAUGGACCUGCCGCUGGCCAAGGCCAAGCCCAUCAGCAACAUUGGUAGCACCUCUGUGAUAACGUAUUUAAGAAAUGGUGAAAAAUAAUACACAACAGCAGCUAGAAGAAAGGAGUGAGAAUAUGUGAGAGAAACAGCCCUACAGACACCACUGCCAGUGGAGAAGGAAGGGGAAGUGCUGCUCCAGGUGCUGGAGCAGAGAUUCCCCUGCAGCCCGUGGUGCAGACCAUGAUGAAGUGGGUUGUCCCCCUGCAGCCUGUGGAGGUCCACAAUAGUGCAGAGAUCCACCUGCAGCCCAUGGAAGACCCCAUGUUGGAGCAGGUGGAUGUGCCUGAAGGAGGCUAUAGCCAGAGUAGGCUUCAGGCAGGACCCCACAGAGUGAGUAGCCCAUGCUGGAGCAGUCUGUUCCUGAAGGACUGCACCCUGUGGAAGGGACCCACACUGGAGCAGUUAAUGAAGAACUGCAGCCUGUGGGAAGGACCCAUGUUGGAGAAGUUUGUGAAGGACCAUCUCCUGUGGGAGGAGCCCACACUGGAGCAGGAGAAGAGUGGGAGGGGGAAGGAGUGACACAGAGAGUGUGUGAGAAACUGACCACAGCCCCCAUUCCCCCUCCCCAUUCAUUUCUUGCAAGAAGGACAUAGAAAAAGUCGUGAGUAAAGCUGAGUUUGGGAAGAAGGGGGUGUGGAGGAUGGUGUUUUAAGAUUUGGUUUUAUUUCUCAUUAACCUACUCUGAUUUUGAUUGGCAAUAAAUUAAUUUUCCUGAGUCAAGUAUGUUUUACUUGUGAUGGUACUUGCUGAGUGAUCUCUCCCUGUCCUUACCUCAAUGUGAGUCUUUCAUCAUAUUUUCUCUUCCCUGUCCAGUUGAGGAUUUAUAGAGUGGCUUUGGCAGGCACCUGGCAGCUAGUCGGGGUCAACCCACCACAAGGUGGCUUCUGGAAAUGUUUCCCUGUCCUUUAUGUCCCAAGAAACAUCAUCAGUUGGGUAUUCGAAAGAGGAGAUGCCCUGGGGAAUAUGCUAGGGGGCACAGCACUAUAAGAAAAAGUGUACAGAGUAGGUAACACAAAUUGAUGGUUUGGUGUGCAUUCACUAAGGACCUGUUCAACACAGUUGGGUUCUUGUGUUCAGUAACUGUCUGGGUCUUCUCCAGUGCUUUAUACUAUAGCUUCCCACAGGAAAAUGGGUACUAUAUUUUAUCUAUGGAUGCAGAAGUUGUUACAUUAGUAUCAUAUAUCUUCAUGUAGAGUGUAUCUUUCCUGUAGUAGCUGUGCUGUCGAGUACUCCGAUAAUAAAGGUGUAUUAUUCCUUGCUUGUCUCAGGAAAAAGUCCUUACAGACCUAAUUUCCCAGGUAUGGUUCUUAACUCAUCAUUCCUUUGAGCAAAGCAGGUUAUUUGUUCAUGUGCUUCUCUUUGAGUUGUUUGUUGCUGAGUUAUUUUGGUUUUUUGAAGACAUCUGUCCAUAGUUUAUAACUACUGUGAAAACAGUAUGGAAAUGUUAAGAAUACACCAAAUAACAAAAAUUGAUCUACAGUAAAAAUAACGUAUGAUGAGAAUAAGCAUGCAUAGUGACAUUGCUGUAUGAUUAUGGUGAGAAUAUAUGAUAGAUUGUGUUUAUCUCUGUGGUGACAGUUUUGCUAUAUGACUUCUGCAGUGCGGAUCUGGAUAUUGGACAUGACCUCUGACAAUUGUGACCAUAGCAUUUUGUGAAUACUGUGAUGAUAACACAGUUACUUCAAGGUCUCACAUGUAAACACCACAGACAACUUUGGUAAUCACAUGGAGGAGAUGAACUUUUACUCAGUGAGCUGCUGAGUAUGAACUCCAGAUUCAGUUUAAAAUAAUAGUGUGAGACAUUUUAUGUAUGUAGUUUUCUUGUAAGCCAUUUAUAUGCUGUGCAUUGAUCAGUGAAUACAUUUUAAUGCUAGUUCUAAACUUGCUUCCACUAUAUUAGUUAAUGUUAGUUCCACAGACUUGCUUGUCACUGUUCAGUGACAAGGGUUGUUGCACUGGUGAUUUACCUGAGUGCACAUGAUUUGACUGUUCACGUUCUGAGUAGGUUCUGGCUGUGCCAGUGCUAUUGCAGAAAAGUUAGUGGUGCCUAUGCUAAGACUUGCCCUAGGACAGCUGAGGGGUCGAAGUCCCAGUGAAAAUACAUCUGUAUGCCUUCAGUGUCUGCCUGGAAGAGGGGCAUGUCUCUUUAAUUAAAAAAGUGGGAGUUUUGCUAGUUCGAUAUUUAUAUUUUAUAUUAUAAGCUGCACAAAGCUUAUCUGAAAAUAUUUCAUAGUUGAUUUUAAUGAAUAUGCAAACUUGGUAAAAAAUCAGAGUAACUUGAAGCCAUAAACAUUUUUCCUUCAUUUCAAAAGAAACAGAAUCAGUCUGCAAAACAAAUUUUCUCAUUGACUUCUACUAUUUGUGUUUUCUAACUUGACAGUGCCUUAAUUUUUUUUUCUCUCAUUAUUUUGGCAUUUCAAGUAAUGAUCUUGUAAAAAAUAUAAAUGCACAUUAAAGGAAUAGUUUUAC